CGUCGGUUAAAUGCUGCUGUACAUUUCUCCGAAUUGAUUUGAACAGCAUCAAUUUCCGACCUACCUAACCGCUGAGACAAUAUUAGACAUUCCAUUAUAAGCGAAGAACUGUCAUCUUAAUGAAAAGUGAUACUUUUUGUCAUUGUCAAACUGUCUCAAGCUAUCAGAUCAUAUUUCAUAUUGUUCGACGAUAUUAAAUGCAGGUUUGUUUUGCAUCCUUGCUCAAAUAACAGCGUAGCUUCGCUUUUUAAACGAAGCGUGUGGAUCUGAAGUAUUUGAAAAAAAAUCAAUAUUGCUCACUCCGCGAGAAACUAAAUAACGAGACACGUUAUACAUAAAGUGUGAAAGCCUGUUAUGAUAUGGGUAGCCAAGACGAAGGUUCCACUGACACUGGCAAUAGACGCUCACGAACGAACUUGAUGCGAGUUCCAUUUUUCAUCAUAAAUAUUCUAACAUGGAUUGGUGGAGGAGCCUUGAUUGGUUUUGCGAUUUGGAUCGUUGCAUCAGAAAAUGAAUACAAGCAUUUUAUCGAGAACCAAAAUAUUUUCAUCGCCUACAUCACCCUAGCAGCCGUACUUUUCACAGCAGGAAUUCUUGGUACAUGUGGUGUUCUGUUGGGAAACAAAGUUUUGCUUCAGGGCUAUUUCUUUGUGAUUUGUUUGGUUUUCUGCACCCUGUUCGGUCUGGUUGUAUUUGGCGUGGUUGAACGGAGUAGGAUGGAUCAGAUUGUACGAGACAGCUGGAACAAGACAAACGACGACACAAGAAUUUUCAUUCAAGAAAAGUUUGAUUGCUGUGAUGUCGGCAUCAAUAAUACUAAAACUGAUUCCAACAAACAUGAAUCGUGUUUUGUUAAUAACACAAAAAAUAAUGAAGUGAAACAGGAUUGUUUGUCGAAGCUUAUCGAGUGGUUUGAAGAUCAUCAAAUUGCUCUUGCAACGGGUGGAGCUGCCGUGAUGAUGGUUUUGAUUCUCCUCAUGGUGGGGUCUUGCUGGCUCAUCAGGAAAUUUCAAACAACACAAAGAACAAUGAAGGUCUCGCGAGUGGCCCCAGCUGCCCAGAAUGACGAAAACGAUAUGGAUCACACUUACGCUCAGCCGUUCAAAAAUCGUGACGGACAGAUGAACGAAAUGGUAUCUAUUGAAGAACCACAAGAAGAAAGCUACUCCAACGGCAACGAACGAGGAAGAAAGGGAGCGAAGACAGCCAAACACCAACGAAACGCCUGGGCAAAGAAGUCCUCAAACUCACCAAUGAAGUAACAUACUC